AUGAAGUUCGGGAAACCUGACAAGGAUCAAAAGCAGCCUCAACGCUUCCCACUCGAGGUAGCGGAAGCCUUUGAGCCAGAGGACGAUCUUUUCCGUGCAUUGCACCGAACUGGUUCUCCCCCCGGCACUCUCCUUUGUUUUUUCCCAGAGGCUGCACCCAGCACAAGUCUUAACCAGUUCCGUUUCCAGCUCCACCGCGAAAACGGGGUUCAGCCCGGUCUUAUGGGUUACCUUGAGAAGUAUAUCAGCGCUACACACUUGGUUUGGAGCAUGUGCGCUCUUCUCGCAGAUAGUGGUAUUGAUCCAGAUUGGACAGAUGCAUUUGAGGUGUGGCGCCCACAGUGGAGACAAUUCGCUAAGAGCUUUGAAAUCCAUGGAAAUACCUUGCGCACUUUAGAUGUUCCCCCCUCGCCAGUCCGUAUUAUGUGGAUCCAGGCGCCUAACGGUCUCGAUACGUAUACACUUUAUGCUGUAAAUCAUCAGGAGAAGAUGCGUGAUCAAGAUGCUCUGGAUGAUCUUUGGAGGUGGAUGCUUGACGUGCCGCCUGAAAUGAUUGUUCAUGGGGUUUAUACCAUAAAGCUUGGGUUCGAGCCUUGGUUCCCUGGUGAGUAG